AUGGAUUUGUGGAACUGGAAUGAAGCACCCCUUCAGGAAGUGCCCUCAGGGAGCACACUGCCAGGACUGGAAGGAAAUGAUUGCGGCUUCUAUGUGCCUGAGCUGACGCUGCAGGAGGACUCGGUGACAGAGGACACGUGCUGGAGAGGUACCUGUGCCCCGGGGAAACCCCAGGGGGUUCCGCAGCUGGAUUGGGGUUCAGCGUUAGCAUACCCAGAAGCUUCUUCGUGGCGGACAGAAAUCUCCGCUCAAGCUCUUCCCUGGUGGGGAGACUGGACCGAGCAGGCGUACCCCGGCUCGGGGACUUGGAGCGGGUUCUCCCAGGCCCUGGGCACCGGCCCCUUGGCGAGUUUGGACGGAGCAGCGAGCCUGAGAUGCACCACGCCGGCGGGAGGGCCCAGCCCCGGCUCUUGGCCGCAUGCACCGGCCAUCCCGACCGCCACCAGCUGGGACAGUCCAAUUGCCCUCGACCGGGCCGGCGGCUGGAGCAACAACAAUCUGGGCGGGGAGCCACUAGCGGACUGUAACGUUUCGUGGGGAACUGCCAGCUCAGACUGUACCAGCUACUGGGACUCGGGGCUGCACACGCACGGCCCCACCUCUUCCAAGGGGAACCCCAUGUCAGAACUCCCCGCUCGCUCCGAACCCAGCCGGCAGUCGGACCGCACAGCAUUGGCGCGUUACCCCAAAACAAAUCACAGAGGUCCCAUUCAGCUCUGGCAGUUUCUCCUGGAGCUGCUCCAAGAUGGGGCGCGCAGCAGCUGCAUCCGCUGGACGGGGAACAGCCGCGAGUUCCAGCUCUGUGACCCCAAGGAGGUGGCCCGGCUCUGGGGCGAGCGCAAGAGGAAGCCGAGCAUGAACUACGAAAAGCUGAGCCGAGGCCUGCGCUACUACUACCGUCGUGACAUCGUGCUCAAGAGCGGGGGUCGAAAGUACACUUACCGUUUUGGGGGCCGCGUCCCGGCUCUAGCCUAUUCCUGCAGUCCCGCGGGCGGGCAGGGAGCAACGACCCAAUAA